UGAGCCGAAAUCGGGACUUAGUUGUUACACAAUCCGCUGAGUGGCUCUGCCCACUCUCAUUUUGCUGUUGGCUGUGCCCGGCUCCCCUUCCCAGCCUCACACUGUAGGAGAUUCCCAUACACCGCUCAGGAGUCCUCCUGCCGUAUAGCAGCCUCAGUGCUCCCUGCCUAGCACAAGACCCUCACUCUCCCCGCCCGCCAGCCACUGACCCCUCCGGUACCGCGUGAGGAUGAGUGGGGAUCACGGUCAAAACGAUUCACAGAUUGACGCGAAUUUCCGGGCGAACGACUCCCAUAAACACAAGAAAGACAAGGAACAUCGUCACAAAGAACACAAGAAGGACAAAGAUCGUGAAAAAUCAAAGCACAACAACAGUGAACACAAAGAUCCUACUGAAAAAAAACAUAAAGAGAAAGACAAACACAAGGAUGAGAAGCAUCGGGAGAAGGAUGGAGAGAAACACAAAGAGAAGGAUGGAGAGAAGCACAGAGAUGGGGAGAAACACAAAGAGAAGGAUGGGGAGAAGCAUCGGGAGAAGGAUGGAGAGAAGCACAGAGAUGGGGAGAAACACAAAGAGAAGGAUGGGGAGAAACACAAAGAGAAGGAUGGGGAGAAGCACAGAGAUGGAGAGAAACACAAAGAGAAGGAUGGGGAGAAGCAUCGGGAGAAGGAUGUGGAGAAACACAAAGAUGGAGAAAAGCAUCGGGAUAAAGAUGGUGAGAAGCGUAAAGACCGUGAAAAACAUAAAGAUGGAGAAAAACAUAAAGAAAAACACCGGGAUAAAGAGAAGCGGAAGGAGGAAAAGAUAAAAUCCUCUGACGGUGUCAAAGUGAAGAAAGAAAAUGGUUUCUCUAGUCCUCCUCACGUUAAAGAUGAGCCAGAAGAUGAAGGCUACACCAUCUCUCCUAAGCAGCAUAACAAAGCACUGAAGAGAUCCAGAGAUGAUGAAGACGCUGACUAUAAACCCAAGAAAAUUAAAACCGAAGAUGUUAAAAAAGGCAAGAAACGCAAACAAGUGGAAGUGGAGGAUGUGAAACCCAAGAAAAAUAAAAUCAAAGGCGAAGCGGGAGAGGUUAAGAAGAAAAAGGGAAAAAAAGAGGAGGAAGAAAAGUGGAAAUGGUGGGAAGAAGAACGUCAUGCCGAUGGCAUAAAGUGGAAAUUCCUGGAACACAAAGGCCCUGUCUUUGCUCCGCCAUAUGAGCCUCUCCCAGACAAUGUGAAAUUUUUCUAUGAUGGUAAAGUUGUCAAGCUCAGCCCCAAAGCAGAGGAGGUAGCCACUUUCUUUGCCAAAAUGUUGGAUCAUGAAUACACUACAAAGGACAUCUUCAGGAAGAACUUCUUUAAAGACUGGAAGAAGGAAAUGACCACUGAUGAACGAAAUCUCCUCACCAACCUGAACAAGUGUGACUUCAAUGAGCUAAGCCAGUACUUCAAGGCCCAGUCUGAGGCCAGAAAGCAAAUGACAAAGGAGGAGAAACUGAAAAUAAAAUUGGAGAAUGAGCGAUUGGUACAGGAAUAUGGUUACUGUAUUAUGGACAACCACAAAGAACGCAUCGCCAAUUUCCGGAUAGAACCCCCAGGCUUGUUUAGAGGCCGAGGCAAUCAUCCAAAGAUGGGCAAGCUGAAGAGGAGGAUCAUGCCUGAGAAUAUUAUCAUUAACUGCAGCAAAGAUUCAAAGAUUCCCACUCCUCCUGCUGGUCACAAGUGGAAGGAGGUGCGAUAUGAUAAUAAGGUCACCUGGUUAGUGUCCUGGACUGAGAAUAUUCAGGGGUCCAUAAAAUACAUAAUGCUGAACCCCAGCUCCCGUAUUAAGGGAGAGAAAGACUGGCAGAAGUAUGAGACUGCCCGCAGGCUGAAGCUUUGUGUUGAGAAGAUCCGUAACACUUACCGGGAAGACUGGAAAUCCAAGGAAAUGAAGGCCAGGCAGAGAUCUGUUGCAUUGUACUUUAUCGAUAAGCUUGCACUGAGAGCUGGUAAUGAGAAGGAAGAGGGAGAGACCGCAGACACUGUAGGCUGUUGCUCCUUGAGAGUAGAACACAUAAAGCUUUACCCAGAGAUUGAUGGACAGGAGUAUGUGGUGGAGUUUGAUUUCCUGGGUAAAGAUUCCAUCCGCUACUACAACAAGGUGCCUGUGGAAAAGAGGGUUUUCAAGAAUUUGCAGCUCUUCAUGGAAAACAAACAACCUGAGGAUGACUUGUUUGACAGACUCAAUACAAGCAUUCUAAAUAAGCACCUUCAAGAUCUGAUGGAUGGAUUGACGGCCAAAGUAUUCAGAACAUACAAUGCCUCCAUCACCUUACAGCAACAGCUGAAGGAGCUCACAAACGGUGAUGAUAACGUUCCUGCCAAAAUUUUAUCUUAUAACCGUGCCAACAGAGCUGUGGCUAUAUUGUGCAACCAUCAACGCGCUCCUCCUAAAACAUUUGAAAAAUCUAUGAUGAACUUGCAGACCAAGAUUGAUGCCAAGAAAGAUCAAUUGGCAGAUGCAAGACGUGAGCUAAAGAGCGCCAAAGCAGAUGCCAAGGUCAAGCGUGAUGAGAGAACUAAAAAGUUAGUGGAAAGCAAGAAGAAAGCCGUGCAGAGGGUAGAGGAGCAGCUGAUGAAAUUGGAGGUUCAAGCCACAGACAGAGAAGAGAACAAACAAAUUGCACUUGGAACCUCAAAACUAAAUUAUUUGGACCCAAGAAUCUCUGUAGCCUGGUGUAAAAAAUUUGGUAUUCCUAUUGAGAAGAUAUACAACAAAACACAACGCGAGAAGUUUGCAUGGGCUAUCGAUAUGGCAGAAGACGAUUAUGAGUUUUAAUGAGUGCGAGAGACAAUGUUUUUUUAAUUUGUUUUUAAUUAUUUUAUUUUAAGCCUGGAUGUCACCUCAGAAAGAGAUUUUAUAAAGAGCUGUGAGCCUUACCUUUUAUCAACUUUUAUUUUGAGAUGGGAAGGGGAUAUGCAGCAGAUUAAGGGGAAAACAAAAUGUGUAGAGAGAAAAAAAAGUUAACGCCCGAUAGAGAAAUUUGGGUAAUAUUAAUAUCCCCAUGCUGCCUUCAGUAUUGUCCCAUGGACAAGGAGUUAUAUACAUAUGUACAAAGUGGGAAAAUCUGAAAUUGUGACUGCAUAGGUUUUAUGUAUUCUUAGAUGGGAGGUUUGCACCAGGCAUAAAAAAAAAUCUGCUUUUCAAAAAAGUCUGUAUAAUAGAAUUAAAAAAGAGAAAUCCUGUGUGUUUUUACAGUUAAGAUUUUUUUGCAAUAACGUCUAUUUUAAUAGAAAAUUAUAAAUUGUACCCUUCCCUUUCAUCUGAACAUAUCCCCUUACCCUGAUAACACUGUUCUGCUGAUGAGAGGGGCCUGUUGUCUGGCAGCUGAGGGGGUCAGUUUGACUCCUGUUUUCCCAGUUAACGUGAAACUAUAUUCAAGCCAAACAUUGUUUGGUUUGGACACUUACAUAAAAUGUGACUUCUUCUGUCAGAUUUCUGAAAGGGGAAAUAAUCUUAAUCUUGCUUGAGAAAUGUGAUUUUAUCUUCUAUUUUUCUUUGCCCAUAGCUAAUGUACUAUUAAUUUGAAGUAUUUAAUCCUUUGGUAGCAAACAAAAGAAAAAAAAAUUAAGCUAUGUACAAUUGUAGGAACAUUAAACUUUUAUGUCAGGAAAUGCUUUUAACACAGAACUUUAUUUAAUGUGAAGAGUACAUUUCUAGGAGUGCAAUGGAGACCAAACCUGUAAUCCUUUUUUUAUAAAAAGCAUUAUUUAUCAAACUGAACUGCUGCACCAUAAGUCAGUAGCAGUCCUGCCUUGUUCCCGGGGUUACUCAAAACAUGUUGCAUUUAGGAGCCUGUUUGAAAUGGGGUGGGGGGGAGAUACUUUGAUUAACUAUUUGAAACCUUUGGUUGUAUUUGAAAGAUUUACUUGAAACAGAUUACACUAUGGACUUUCUAAUAUUUCAGUAAUGGCAAUUGCAAAACCGUUGGGUCAGAAAGAAAUGGAGUCUUGUGCAGGUUUUUUUGUUUUAAAAAUCGGAGCCUGUAAAGAGAUUUAUUGUGAAUGUUUUGCUUAGAAUGCUUAUUUUUUAAUAUAAAUGAGUGUUCAGAACAGUCCUUCCUUUUAUUUUUGUUUUUCCUUUUAUUUUCCCUCAUCUAUUUUUAUCAUGACUUGCCAUUAACUUGUGUAGGUUAUUUAAAUAAAGCCCUACAACUUGCA